AUGUUUAAUAAGAUUUUUAUUUAAAUAAUAUAAUUUCUUGUUUCGAAUAAUAGUUAAAAGAUCCUUUAUUAAUAAUUGAUAUUGCAAAUUUAAUUCCUUAGGAUUUAUAUUAAAUUGGAGAAUUUUCUAAUAAAUUUGACACAGUUUUUAUAUUUUUUUAUUUUUUAUUAAAAUAUUUAUUUUAAUUUUUAGUUCAUUAAUUAUUCCUAAGAAAAAAUUCCUAAAAAUUUUGAUUAAAUAUUACAAAGACCUUUUUUAGAAAGUUUAUUAAUAAGUUUUUAUUUUGCAGAUGAUUUUAUUUUAAGAAAUUGUAUUGGUGAUUUAAUAAAAAAAGUAUGUUGUUAGAAAAGUGAAUUGCUUAAUAAUUUAUAAAACAUAGUUCUUUUAAUAUAUUCUGAUGAUAAAAAAAUGUACAAUCAAAUUUACAGUUUCGUAAAAACACUUAAAAUUUUAGUUUCUUAUAGUUAGGUUUGGCUUUAAUUAGAUAGUAAUAUUGAAGUUUAAGAAAAACUAAGCUAAACUAAUCAAGUUUUGGGAAAAAUUAAAGAAUGCUUGGUAGGAUAAAGCUCAGAUAUUUCUUUAAAAUAAACAAUUUUUAAUAAUAUUAAAGGAUAAGAUUUAAUUAUUGAAUUAAUAGAAAGAGGAUUUAUUCUUUUUCAAAAUAAAAGAGAUUAAUUUUAAUUUAUUAAAAGUGAUUAGAUUCCUUCUUUUGAAAAUAAUACAGCUAUUAAAAUUGUGGAUAUGAUAAAACGCUGCUUUUAAAUUUUACUUUUAUUUUGUUAAAAUAAUUAAGUUAAUCAAGAGUUAAUAUUUAAAUCGAUUUUUAAAAGUCUUUUCGAAAUUAAGGAUUUUAAUUUUGGGCAAAUUUAACUCAUUAAAGAAAUCUUCAAAAAUAAUCAAAAAAUUUUUCAAUUGAUUAAUAUUUCUUUUAUAGAAGACAUAGCUUCUUUUAUUAUAAUUAAUGGUAAAUAUGCUGAAUUUCUUGAAGUUUUUUUAGUACUUUUAACUAAUAAUUAAUAUUAAUAAUUUAAAAAUUUCAAAAAUAUAUAAUGCCAUAUACUCAGGCUUCUUUUUGGAGGAAAUACUUCGAAUUUAAAAAAAAUACAUUUUUUUUUUUAUAAAAAAAAUAAAAAGAUACUUUCAUUAUUAUUAUCUGAUGAUAUUGAAAAAAAUAUGAUAAAUAAAAUUUAAAAUAAUGUUUCUUUCAGUUCUUUACUAAAAUACUUAUUAGACAAUUAAAUAGAACUUUAAUAAUACAAAGAUAAUAUGAGUGAAGUUUAACAAUUAUAAGGAUUUAUUUUAAAAAUUUUAUAUAUAUUUAUCAUUAAAAUGAAAAAAGAAUAAACCAAAACUAUUCUAAGUGAAGAUUAGAAUUUUUAAACGUACAUAAUGUUAAUUACCAAUAAUUUACAAUAAUCAGAAAAUAUAAAUUUAUUAUUUUAGUUAUAGUUAAUUGAUUUAAUUAUUCCUCUUAUUAAUAUUUAUACUGAAAAUAUUUUAAAGGAACAACAAAAAAAUAUUCAUUCAAUUAAUUGUUAAAAAAGCUUUUCUUUUAAAUAAAUUUUAAACUAAUUUGCAAAUUUCUACGUAAGAUAAGCUGAAUAGUAACAAAAUAUUAAAAAAGUUAAAUUUCAAUAAUUAUUAAUAAAAUAAAUUAAAAAAAAAAAAAAAAGAUAUGCAUUAUUAAAUAAUUUAUGGGAAAACAAUAGGCAAAGAUAAAAAUAAAUUAAUAAAUUAUGCUAUUCUUAUAAAAUACCUCUUCCUCAGUUUUUAAAAGAAAAUCAUUAAAAAGCAAGAAAUAAUACUAAAAAUUAAUAUUAAUAAAGUAUGCAUACAUUUAAAAAAGAUGAAGAAGAAGUAUAAUUAAAAGAAUAAGAAGUUAAAUAAAACAUUAAUUUUGAAGAAAGCAAUUAUUUAAACGAAUAAAUGGCUUAUUUAAAUAUUAUUUAAUAAUGGGGAUUGUUUAGGAAUAAUUUUACAAAACAUGAAAAACUUCAAAAUAAUAUAAAAAAAGAAUCGUGUAUUUUCUCUAAUGGAUAUUAAAAUAUUUAAGGAAUUUUUAUGAAAAAUAUCAAAGAAAUGUAAAAAGAAGUCCUUCUCUUGCCCGAAGAUUUAUUAAUUAAAUGUCUAAGUUAUAUUUAAUUCUGGAAAACUAAUAAUAGCAAUUAAGAUAGUGUUAUUUAUAUUUUAAAAGGUUUAUGUAAAUUCCUUAAAGAUGAUGAAAGCGAAAAAAUGAUCGAAAAAUAGUUACUUUUGGAUAAAUUAAAUGGAACUAAAAUUGCUUUAAUGCUUAUUUGGGAAGAAAAUGAACCUGAAAUGCUAUAUUAUUUAGUAAAGUUUCUUAAUUUAUAACUAUAAGGAGGAAAUUUGAAAGUAUAAAGAACUACUUUUGAUUUUUUUUAAAGUAAUCCUUAAUGUGAGAUAUUUUUUUAUAAAAUUCAUUAGAUUUUGGACACAUAAAUGAGUACUUUGGACAACUAUUAUUAGCAAUGUUAAAAAGGAAAAAAAAUUGUUGAAAAAGUGUUAAGAUUAUUAUAACUUUUCUGUGAAGGACAUAAUUUAGAUUUAUAAAAUUAUAUAAGGAAUUAGUUUAAUAGUAAAAAAUCCUAUGAUUUAAUUAGUUAAAUUAUUAAAUUGUUAUGCUCUUUUAAAAUAUGUAAUUCUUUUUACGAAUCUAUUAGUUAAUGUUUUGAUACUUUAACAGAACUUAUUUAAGGACCUUGUAUUUAAAAUUAAUUAGUUAUUAUUAAUAGUAAGUUUUUAGAAUAUGCUGUACUUAUUUUAAGUGGGGAUGAAAAGAUUUUUAUUUUUGAUAAUGAAGAAAAUAGUAAAUAUUUUUUUAAUUUAUUAUAUAAAUAGAUAAAAAGUAAAUAAAGGAUAAAUAAAUACUUAAAUCUUGUAAAAAAAUAAAAACAAUAGAUCUUAAAAUAUAAUUUUAUAUUUAUUUUAUUUAAAAUAAAAGAUAUUAAUAAAAAAGUACCUAUCCACAAAGGAAAAUUUGCCAGAUUAAAAUAUAAAUGCUUAAUAACAAUAGUAAGCUUAUUAGAAGGAAAUUAAAAUUCUAAUGAAAUAAUAUCAUAAAUAAUGCGUACAAUACCAUUUAAUGUAUUAACAAAUAAUAUUACUCACAUAUAUUUACUGUACAAGAAAUAUUCAAAAGAUGAAUAUAAAAUAGACCUUUUUAACAGAGUAGAUGAAGAGAUAAAUGAAAAAACUCCUGAAGAAUAUUAUGAAUUAAUAAUUGAAAAUGGAUUUAAUGCAUAUUCUUUAGUAAAUUUAUUUAUGGAAAAUAAAUAAAUAGUAAUAAAUAAUAAUGAGGAAAUAAAAGAAUAUAUUAACGAAUUCGAAAAAAAUGAGGAAGAAGAAACCCUUCAAAAACUUUUUAAAAUAAACUUUCUGUCCCAAUUUUCAAAAAUAGGAGGUGCUGUGUUAAAUUUAGGAAGAGGAGCAAUAAAAGAUUUAUAUAAAAGUGCAUUUAGAAAAGGAGAAAUUAGCAAAAAGUAAUAGGAGUAAUUUAAAAAUAUAGAAAAAAAAGAAUAAGCAAAAGAAGCCAUUUCGUUUUUUAAAAAUAAUGUUAAAAAAAUUGAAAUUGUAAGAAAUGAUAAACUAUAGUUUAUUUAUUUUCCUAUUUUACCUUUUUGUAAAUUACUUCCUGAUGAAGUAAUAAAUGAUUUUAGAGAAAAAGUUGAUCGUACUUCAACUAAGAGCAAAAUCGGUUGUCUUAUUGAUUAAUCUAAUGACAUAAUUAAUAUUAUGAAACAUGAAGAAAAAUUAAGAUAAAUCUUUGAUAAAAAUAAAAUUUUAGCUAUAUUUUGUCUUAAUGUUAAGUUCUGGGAAAGUGCGGCUUUUUAUGCUGCUUGCAUUAUUAAUUUUAUUAUAAUUUGUAGUUAUAGUGAGUAUUUUAUGGAUCAAAAUAUUUUUUAAAAUGAUCAUAAUUAUAAAAAAAUACUUUAAAAAUCAAGGCUUGAAGAUCCUCGAUUGUUUUUUAAAAAAGAUUAAACAAGUAAUCUUAUAUAUAUAUGUGUUUUUUAUAUAAAUAUUCUUAAAGAUACUCUAUAUAUUAUUUUUGUUUUUGGUAUUCUUAAUUUGUCUUUUUAUUCAAUAGUUGUCGCUGUUUUUUUAAUGAAAAGGGCACCAUUGUUAAUAGGAAAUUACAAAAUUAGGAAUGAGCUUAAUAAAAAAUUUUUUUUUUUUAUAAUAAAUGCUUUAAAAAGUAUACUUAUUUUGUUAUAAGAUUAUUAAAUAAUAUAUUAUUCGUUUAAUAUGGCAAUUGUUAUUUUUGGUUUAGUUAUUCAUCCUUUUCUUUUUGCGGGAUGCUUAUCUGAUAUUUUAAGAACUAAACAUUUAAAAAAUGUAGUUAGGGCAGUUUGGAAUCCUAGAUAUGAAAUACUACUUUUAAUGGUGCUUCUCUUUUUGCUUGAAUAUUAUUUCACCCUUGUUUCUUAUAUACAUUUUUAUGAGGAUUAUUAAGGGAAAUGCAAUAUACUGUGGAAAUGUUACCUUGUUAAUUUUGAUUGGACAUUUAAAGGAGAUGGUGGAGUCGGUACAAUGCUAUAAGAACCGGAAAGUCUGAAAUAUUAUAUUUAAUAAGGAGUAGAAUAUAAUGGAGUUUUACAGAGUCUUGCUGGAAAGUUUUUUUAGAGAUUGAUUUUCGAUAAUUUAUUGAAUAUUUUAAUUAUUUAAAUUCUUAUUAAUAUUUUAAAAGGAAUUAUUGUGGAUAAAUUCAGAUCUUUAAAGGAUGCACUUUAAGAUAGAGAAAAUGAUGAAAAAUUUUACUGUUUUAUUUGUGGAAUUAGAAGAGAAGUUCUUGAUAAAGCUUAAGAAAGUAAAGGAUUUUUUUAUCAUAUUAAAGUAUUUUUGUUUUUUUUUGUUUUUUUUUAAUAUUUUUUAUUUUUUUAGCAAGAACAUUAUAUGUGGAAUUAUAUUUAUUAUAUAGCUUAUAUUCAGUUUAAAGAAUAAACUGAAUAUAAUGGAGAUGAAACUUAUAUUCGGGACAAAAUCAAUAAUUAUGAUCUUGGUUGGUUACCAGUUAAAAGAACUUAAUCAGUUUAUGAAAAAGAAGAUGAUUUAUAAAAAAUUAAUUUAACUAAUAAUAUGAUUGAAAAUGUAAUUUUUAUUUUUUAUUUUUUAUUUUUUAUUUUUAAUAUUUUAUUUUAUUAGAUUAGAGAUAUUAAUGAAAAAAUAAGAAGCUGUUAAUAAAAUAUUAACAAUGAAAUUGAUAAUUAAUAUUUGUUAUUAUAACAAAAAUCGAAUUAAUAAUAAUGA